CUUAUCUGGCUCAGCCUUUUGAUCACCACGACUAGCACUCAUAAGCACGCUUGGAAUUCUUUGGCUUGUUCUAACCUACCUCUGGAUAGGUAGACGGGGUACAGCGUCAUCUCGAUGUCUCCGAAUGACUGGAUCUCUUGGGGCUUGCCACCAUGACCGCCACCGCGGAGGUCAUUAUUCUGUCGUCCUCGCCAGAACACAAUCCAGCGAGUACGCCUGCGCCACCUAAAUUCGACGCUCAAAAGCUCUUCGGGCUUUCGCCUAUCGAUACUUCGACCCCUCAACUGCCUUCUCCGUCAGACCUUUUCCGGGAUCAAUCACGAUCAAGGUUCUUCGACAGCGGGAAACAGCCCGACAAACGGACCCGCAAGCCCACGAAGACCACAUGCAAGUCGACGGAGGCCGCAAAGUCGGAUGCGACAGGAGUAGGGGUCAAAGGGGAUCAAGUUGAGGACAAAGUGAAGAAGAGAGGGAGGCCAAAGAAGAAGGAUAGCGCCGAAGCUUCAAAUGACGGUCCGACCGAGACGAUAUCGACGAAAAAGCCGCCGGCUACGGAGAGGAAAACCAAGACUUCCGGAACCACGAUAAAGCGCGACACAGCUGCGAACAAGACCAUAUCCGGGAGGGUUGGGAAGGCUAGUGCUUCGUCACAGUCAAGCAAAGGACAAAUUGGCAAGAAGGCGGGACCCCCUUCAACCCCGCAGGUCUCUUCAAAGCAGGACUCUGCAAUUGAUGCGCAGGACUGGACAAAGGAUGGCCUGCAGAUUGAGCAAGCACUGAAGAGAAGAUUGGAUUGGACGCCCACUGAACUUACUGUGGGACAAACCAGCAAAUUAGACAACAAUUUGGCUCAGGACACAAAUGAAACCAGAAGUUUUGGAACCAUGUUAUCUGAGUUUGGCUUUGGUGGUGUUCCUGCUUCCCGAGUCGAAAGUCAGGCAUUGGAGGAUACCGGCCCUACUAAGAGGAGGCGUAUUGAAUUGCUUAACUCUAGGAUAUGCUCCGGAAACAAGCCGAGCGACAAUGAUAGUAGCGAUAAACAUUCUACCGAAGGUGGAAGCUCAAAUUUAAAAGCCUCGUCAGUCGCGAAGAAAAGCAAGAAGCCUACAAAAAAGUUCUCAACGCUUACGGCGCGAGUAACGGCUCAAUAUCUCACCGAUUCUGCGCAGGCUAUGGACGAUUCGGAAAUGAGCACUACGGCUAGUAUUUCGUCGUCUCUUGCCUCCAGAAAACCGACAAUAAAGAAGGGGAAGUCAAAUGCUAAAGCACGAGAACCAGAGCUUGUCAUUCUCUCGCCACAGGCGGCCGUCAGAUCUCUUCAUGAUCAAGAGCUGGUAUUUGGCACAUGCAGUCAGUUGGAACGUGAAGACUCUCCUACUCUGAUAAGAGAAUUGCAGACAGCGAUUCGGGAAUCAGAGCAAAGCCUAGCACUGGAGACAAGCACUCGCAUCAGCCAUAGUGCAAGUAACGACCAAUCACUAGCAGUUUCGCGCUUCACAGCCUCGAGGAAUCUUUGGUCUGUUGCAGCCCGUGAUACUGAUGGGUCAGUAUUGCCGGUAGAGGUUGUCGAUCUAGUAGAUGGAUCGGAUACGCCUAAGCCUCGUCCCACAAUCAACAACGAAAACACUGCGGGAAAGGAGGAAGAGACUGCAUCGGUAACGUCCAAGACAGGAACAAUUCCGGAUACACAGGAGUCUGGUGACGAAUCUUCCAGCUCUAACACUGAGAUCUCAAACACCCUUGACAACCAAACAAGUGUGACUACAUCCCAACCAUCAGCACCAAGGCCUGAGAUGCCACACUUCAGCAGUUUCACAGAUGCUCAGCUAUGUAAACGAAUUGCCUCCUAUGGCUUCAAGCCUAUAAGAAGUCGCCCGAAGAUGAUCGAGAUCCUUACCAAAUGCUGGGAAUCUAAGAAUGGUACAACUCACCCAAGUGUACCAGAAAACCCAGCUCCCCAACCGCCUACUGCAUUAACGUUGGGAACAACCACCCACAAAGGCCCAACCAAAGGCACCACCAAGCCACGUAAAACUACAGCUACCAAGAAAACAAAUACAAGAUCUAAGCACAAAACCUCGUCAGAGCCAUCAAACCCGGAAAGAACAACAUCAUCAUCGUCAUCAAAACCAGGAACUACGAAGAGCAAAAAAGCGCGAACCUCGCAAAACAUCCACCAAACCACCAAGCCCACUCACAAAACUGCUACGAGCACCAGUACUAUCCCAACAUACUCCUUUGCCAACGUCGAAGAAAUCCAAGACUCUGAAGACGACGAAAGCAUCCCCUCCCCCAGCCGCCUACAAGCGCGAUACCUCCACCACCAUAACCCAACCACCCAACCGACAAGCCUACCAACCACAACGACAACCACGACAAUCCUCUCACCAAGCCCAACACGUCGAAGAAGGCCAAAUCCAACCAAAAAUACCAAGGCUAGCGCAACAACAAGCACAGGUAUAGAAACCCCCAACCUCCACGAUCAAAUCACGCAGGCCGUGCACCUCCAACCCCGCCUCCGACCCACCAGCGUGAGCAGACAACCCAGCUGGCACGAGAAGAUCCUCAUGUACGACCCGAUCUUCCUGGAGGACUUUACGACCUGGCUGAACACGGAGGGACUAGGGCUCGUGGACGAGGAUCGGGAGGUCGGCGCGGCGCUGGUGAAGGAGUGGUGCGAAGGGAGAGGGGUAUGUUGCUGCUAUCGGAAAAAGGGGCGGGAGGGUUGA